CUGUUUGGGCCAUUCGAAUUGUAUAUUUAACGAGCCCAAUAACAACCACUGGACUAGGGUUUUGAACACAUCUUAUUAAAGCAUUCUCUAACCGAACCCUACUCUUCUCUUUGUCGAGGUAGGCGGAGGAGCAUCCCAGUGAUCUGCAAACAUGGGGAUAUCCAGAGACUCGAUGCACAAGAGAAGGGCCACUGGUGGCAAGAAGAAGGCCUGGAGGAAGAAGCGAAAGUAUGAGCUCGGAAGACAGCCAGCGAACACCAAAAUUUCCAGCAACAAGACUGUUAGAAGAGUCAGAGUUCGAGGAGGUAAUGUCAAGUGGCGUGCUUUGAGGUUGGAUACAGGUAACUACUCUUGGGGUAGUGAGGCUGUAACCCGAAAGACCCGUAUUUUGGAUGUGGUUUACAAUGCAUCCAACAAUGAGUUGGUCAGAACUCAAACUCUUGUGAAAAGUGCAAUUGUUCAAGUUGAUGCUGCACCAUUUAAACAGUGGUACUUACAACACUAUGGUGUGGAGAUUGGUCGCAAGAAGAAAGCAGCUGCUGCUAAGAAAGAGGGAGAGGAGGCAGAGGCUGCCACUGAGGAGGCAAAGAAGAGUAAUCAUGUUGUGAGGAAGUUGGAGAAACGUCAAGAGGAGCGCAAACUUGACCCUCAUGUAGAAGAGCAGUUCUCAAGUGGUCGUCUUUUGGCUGCUAUUUCAUCACGCCCCGGUCAAUGUGGACGUGCUGAUGGAUAUAUCUUGGAGGGUAAGGAGCUUGAGUUCUACAUGAAGAAACUCCAGAAAAAGAAAGGAAAGGGUGCUGCUUAAGUUUUAUUUCCUUUUUUACUCUGCAAGGCAUGGGACUGAAAUUUUGAUGUGUUUGUUUGUUAAAAUGCCGACUUUAUGAAUGUUUUGGGUCUUUGUAAGCUUUAUCAUCCUUUAUUAAUACUAGCACUAUUGAUUCAGUCA